AUGUCUCCAGCCAUUCAAGGACGAAAAAUUGCGAUAAUCGGUGCCAGCGGACAACUUGGGAAGCCAAUUGUCCACGCACUCCUCGGGCUGGGAGUUCACACUAUCACCGCCAUUCAGCGUCUGGAGGCCACUAGUACUUUCCCGACUGGGGUUUUGGUCAAGCAAGGCAAUCUCGACGACGAAGUUUUUCUUGCUGCUGUACUCGCAGGCCAGGAUGCGCUUGUCCUAGUGCCCCCCAUAACCCAGCUGAUUCAACUUCAGGAACCCGCAAUCCGCGCAGCUGGGAAGGUUGGAGUGCCUUAUAUCUUCCCAUCCGAAUUUGGCCCGGACCCAUUUGCUGGACAGCUCCUGAAAGAAAACGAACUUCUCCUCGCGAAGAAGCGAAUCCGUGAUUUGAUCGAGAAGCUUGGUGUCAGCCAUUGGAUUUCUAUUACCGUUGGGCCCUGGUUGGAUUACGGUCUCUUAUCGGGCCUAUGGGGUAUCAACACUAAAGCGCGUAAGGCAACGAUUUGGAAAGGUGCCGACAGCAAAGCAAACACAGCCACGAUCGCACACACUGCUGAAGCAGCCGCGGCAGCUCUGAGUCUGCCAGAAGCCGAUUUAGCAAAGUACAAAAACAAUGCUGUCUAUACUCCGUCUUUCUACCUAACGCAGCGGGAGAUCCUCGAUGCCGUCCAACGUGCAGAGGGAACGACUGACAACGACUGGGACAUUCAGAUCCACGACGUGAGGGAUGUGGCCAGGAAUUAUGAAGAGAAAAUCAAGCAGGGUGACCAGCUCGCGCCUUUUGAGAAAUUCUUCGUGACGCACUUCUUAGAUCGUCAUGGGGGUGACUUCAAUGACAAGGUCGAUACAGUGGCACUGAAGAGAUUGGAGCAGCUAGGACUCCAUACAGAGGAUCUCCAUGAGGUUAUUAAAGCAGUGUUAUAG